AUGUUAGGAAACUGGGUAGUUGCUGUGGUGGUAGUUGGACACGUUGCCACGGGAGACCUAGUGACGAAGUCGAAAAGGAUUCUCCUGGAAAUCAUAAAUACACAGCUGCCUCUGUUGAUCCAAGGAUUCCAGGGAUCUGAGACAAACCAGGACAGCGCUACAGCCCAGCUACAACUGAUUAAUGCCAGCAAGGAAUUUAUACAGCCUGCCAGUCAGCUAGUAUCCGCCGCAAAUGCCGCAGCCCCAUCGGUUGGAGAUCAAGCCGCAAGCAUGAACAUGAACCAGGCAGUGAAGACGAUGACCACCGCGCUCGCUGAGCUGAGAACCGCCUUAGGGAAGGCAGAGGAGAUGUGUAUCUCACUGGAGGUUGACGCCGCGCUUGAUCAGCUGACCGAACUCGACCGCGAGCUGGAGGAGUAUCGGAGAGCCGCUGACAGCGGUAACCUUGUGCCACUACCCGGUGAAACGGUGGAGGCGUCGGCCAUGAAACUUGGCUCCACCUCUAAGAACGUGGGAUCGGCGAUGGCUCAGCUAUUGACUGCUGCCUCACAGGUAAACACAGAUAAAUGUAUAAUGGAGACAGAAAUUUUGUAG